GGGCACACAGACCUUUCAUUAAGAGGAGAGGGUGUCCUCUUCCAUGCCCCCAUGCAGCAGCUUGUUAUUGCACACGCUCUGAUGGGGCAAAUAGUGACCUGUUGCUGCUGGAAAAGACCAAAGAUGUUCCUGUAGUGGAAUGGGGGACAGUAAGGGUGAGGAGUUGGCUGUGGCCUAAUUUCAAGCACUAGUCACACUGCAGUGUUUGCUGACAUUAGUAAUAUGCCUUAAUUUAGAAAGCAAAGCUUAUAAAAAAAAAAAAAAGAGGAUCAAUGACAAAAGCACAGCCAGGCUGGGAUUCGCACUUGACACAAUCUAGGGCUUCACUUGGCCCCAGAGGUGAAGUUAUGCUAAUGCCUAGCAAAAGGGACUGUUUUGGACAAAGAGCAGUUGCAAAUGCUGGAGAAUCAUGGUCUUCCUCACACAGCAGAUGCAGGCCAGAAUGGAAGGCCAUGCUGCCCCACAGCUAAAUGUGCUGUUUAUGCCCCACAGUCCGUCACAUCUGGGUGGGUGUCACAUUUUUCGGUCCCUCUCAGAGCAGCUCAAAGUGAAGCACAAACACCUGCAAUCCAACUAUAUAGAAAUGUCAUGCAGCUGUCCAUGUCACAGCUGUCACACGUGUGUGCAGAGCCCUGGUUUCUGAGGGGCAAGCCUAGGUAUGAUGUCAUAAGUCAGCUGCAUCAGCAGAACCACUGCCACCAGGGCUCCAGGCACGCCUCUGCUGCUUGUGCUGAUGGAGCAGCGCAAUGCUACCGAGAAGCAUGCCCAGCACUCGCUGAAUGAAGUCACAGCUGUGCAGGAAAGGGCUGCAAGAAUGGCAGCAGCGGAUGCAAGCCAUUUGAGCCCUACAAGGGACAGCCAUGUAUCUGCAACCACAGGUGGCCUCAAGGCCAUGAAGAAAACUAAAGCAGUAGUUGUGGACAUUGGCACAGGUUACAUCAAGUGUGGUUUUGCUGGGGACCCACGUCCUUCCUGUGUUGUUUCAUCUACAGUUGGCAAGCCCGUGUGGCAGGCUGGGAGCAAUCAAAAAGACACCUUUGUUGGAAGAGAGCUGUGGAACAGCACCGUACCCUUAACACUCAUCAACCCGGUAAGACGUGGCAUAGUGGUGGACUGGAACUGUGUCCAAGAUGCUUUGGAGUGUAUUUUCCAGACAGAGCUGAAGAUUCAGCCAGAUGACCAUGCUGUUCUGGUGUCAGUGCCUCCCCUGUGUUCCAUCACUGACAAGGAGCAAUACGCUGAGAUGAUGUUUGAAGGGUUUCACAUGCCUGCUGUCCACAUUGCCUACCAGUCCCAUUUAUCCAUGUACUCCUAUGGAAAAACCUCCGCUCUUGUGGUGGAAAGUGGCCAUGGCACUUCGCACGUGGUUCCCAUCUAUGAAGGCUAUGUUUUACGUAGCAUCACUGGGAGAGUAGAUUAUGCUGGCUUGGACAUCACAUGUUAUCUCAUGAAGUUACUAAAUGAGUCUGGAAAGGUGUUCACAGAACACCAGCUAAACAUUGUACAAGAUCUCAAAGAGAAGUGUUGUUACACUUCUCUGGACCUUACACGGGACUUGCAUUUGCCUGUUCAGAAACAACAAAUGCAUUAUGAGCUGCCAGAUGGACACCUCAUCACUGUAGGCAAGGAGAGAUUCCUUUGUGCCGAAGCGCUCUUCAGACCAGCCUUGCUUGGCUCAGAGCAGCCAGGGCUUUUGCAGCUGACACUAGACUGUCUCAAGAAGUGUGAUGCUGGCAUCAGCAAAAAAAUGGUGGGGAAUAUCCUGCUGUGUGGGGGCAGCACUAUGAUGGAGGGCUUUGCGGACCGUUUCCAGAUGGAACUAGCCAGGAUGUGCCCCAGUGACAACCUCAUCACAGCUACAUCCCCUCACAGAAACUUUUCUGUCUGGAUUGGUGGGUCUAUUCUGGCCUCACUCCACUCUUUCCAGGAGCUCUGGGUUUACAGGAGCGAGUAUGAAGAAUGUGGUCCCUCCUGCCUUUUUAAGAAGGGCUUCUGAGGAAGAUACUGGGUGCCUCAGAAAGACAAGUGUUGACAAAGAGUACCUGAAGCAAUUCAAGAGCACCUCCUUUCCACCCCUUGCUGUAAUUAAGAUAUUUCUGCUGAAGCUGUAUUAUUUUUGUGAUAUCCUGCACUUGAAAUAGAAAAUAAAAAAACCAAUGUAAUGAAGCUAGACAGCAGACAGGUGACAAACUUCUACUGUACUGAGAG